AGUCUGCAGUUGUGCGUGCUGUGCCUGUGUACUAUGGUCAUGUACACAAAUGCAGCUCUCAGUGACUGUGCAGCUGCUGGAAACAUAUGCCAUACCAAUGCAGAAUGCCUCAAAACACGUGACUCAUUUCUCUGUAUUUGCCAAAUGGGGUACAGUGGGACUGGAGUUCAGUGCCAGGACAUCAAUGAGUGUACUACUGGUCUACACGACUGCCACGCCAAAGCAGUCUGCAGUAACACACUGGGCAGUUACAGCUGUUCAUGUAUUGAUGGCUAUUUUGGUGAUGGUUUUCAAUGCCAAGAUAUCAAUGAGUGUCAAACUAAUAAUGGUGGUUGCCAUGUCAGUGCUGUUUGCACUAACAAAGAAGGAGGAAGAGACUGUAGUUGCAAACCAGGCUUCAGUGGAAAUGGAUUUCAGUGCACUGAUAAUAACGAGUGUGCUAGACCAGGAACCUGCCACUGGAAUGCCACUUGCACCAACAACCCUGGCUCUUAUAUGUGUACAUGCAAUGGUGGCUUCAAAGGCAACGGAAAUUAUCUCUGCCUAGAUAUUGAUGAGUGUUCAGAGACUCCUGGUGUAUGCUCCUCUUACUUUGGUUACAAAGGCUGCAAGAACCUACCAGGAACAUACAGCUGCCUCUGCAAUAGUGGCUACCAAAGCAAUGGAAAGACAUGUGAGGACAUCAAUGAAUGCGAAAUCAACAUCUGCAGCUCAUUUGCUAAUUGUACGAACACACCUGGCUCAUAUCGUUGCACGUGUCCUGAGGGAUUUGUGGGCAAUGGCUUGGCUUGUGUGGAUAUUAACGAGUGUGACAGAAAGAACAGUUGUGACCCCAAUGCAGCAUGUAUCAAUUUUCUUGGAAGCUAUGAAUGUUCCUGCCGCACCGGGUUCCUGGGAGAAGGUGAAAAGUGUACUGACAUUAACGAAUGUGCAACCAGUAACAUUUGCUCGGCCAACGCUGCUUGUGUCAACACGGCAGGUUCAUUCUACUGUGACUGUGGCCCAGGCUACAACUUCAGUCAAAACAAGUGUGUGGACAUUGAUGAAUGUGCCAUAGGACAUUGCAGCCCUCACGCAUCAUGUGAAAACUUGCCUGGCUUGUUCAACUGUGCAUGUCUAGCUGGUUUCGAAGGUAAUGGGAUAACUUGCAGGGAUGUUAAUGAGUGUACUGUAGCAAAGCAAUGCCAUUCUAAUGCACUUUGCAUCAAUGUUCCCGGGACAUUCAACUGCACCUGUAUGGUGGGAUACAUUGGGGAUGGUGUGUUUCAGUGCGCAGAUGUGAACGAGUGUCUUUUAAAUAACGGUGGUUGCAGAAACAAAUCCACAUGUGUUAACAGUCUGGGGUCUUUCUCCUGCGUCUGCCCCUCAGGAUUUCAACUAGUCAAUUGGACCACAUGCCAGGACAUAGAUGAAUGUCAGAUGCCUGAAAAAGCUUGUGGAACCAAUGAGCAGUGCAUAAACACAGAAGGGUCUUUUUCAUGCCAGUGUAAAGCAGGCUUCAGUCAGAUCAACAAGGAUUCAGAAUGCUUUGAUAUUGAUGAAUGCGAAAAGCAGACACCUUGUCACAGCAAUGCCACCUGCUUGAAUUCUGUGGGCUCCUUUAUAUGCAUCUGCAAACGUGGCUUUAGUGGAAAUGGCAGUAUGUGUGAGGACGUAAAUGAAUGUACCAUUGUAGGUACAUGCCAUCUUCAUGCUCAUUGCUACAAUUACCCUGGUGACUUCUCAUGCAUAUGCCAUCAGGGUUUUACAGGUGAUGGCUUCACCUGCACAGACUUGGAUGAAUGUGUCCUGUCAAACGAUACUUGUCCUGGCAUAUCUGUAUGUGUUAACUCCCCUGGAGCUUAUAUCUGCUCUUGUCUAAAUGGCACUGUAGCAUACAAUAACAUCUGCAUUCUCCCUAGUAUUGAAUGUAAUCCUGCCUGCCAUCUGCGUGGAUUGUGUCAUGCUUCACCUACAGGGUAUCAGUGUGUUUGCGAUGUGGGUUUCAAAGGGGAUGGAUUCUCUUGCUCAGACAUCGAUGAAUGCGAAGAGCAUGUUUGCCCAAGGAAAGAGACAUUAUGUGUGAAUAACCCAGGAUCCUAUGCCUGCAUGUGCAAAGUUGGUUACACACUUAAUGGAACAGAAUGCACAGAUGUGGAUGAAUGUGAGUCAGGAGCUGAUGACUGUACCAUGUUUGCACAAUGUGUCAACACUGUUGGGAGUCACCAGUGCUUCUGCCUCAAUGGCUUCACUGGGGAUGGAAAAAACUGCUCAGAAAGUGGCCUGUUUCCAUUUGGAGAAGAAGUUGGUGAUGCUGGAUUACCAUUGACAGUAGCAGAUGGAAACUCUCCUUAUAUCACUCCUCCUACGGGCUUUCCAUUCUUGGGCAAACUAUAUGACCGACUGUUUUUUUCAGAUAAUGGAUUGGUCUUGUUCCAGUCAGCCAGUGAGAAUGAGAAACUGUUGCUUCCUGCACCUUUCCCGGGAGGUUUCAGUGGUAAUGAGAAUCUUCCCAUGCUGGCAGUGUUUUGGGAUGAUGCUGAUCUUACACUUGGGAAUGGAAAGCUGCUUUACCAGGAAUACAGUCAGCUCAAUUUAUCUGACGUCUACGCUCAGAUAGUUUUUAAUCGCACAGCAAAAGAUGUUACCAAAUUUGAGACUCAAACGGGCAACCCCUCCUUCACUCCCUCUUGGAUAGUAAAAAUCACAUGGGAUCAUGUAUUGCAUGUCUCUUAUCAAAAGAUCAACUUGUCUGAGAGCAACACGUUCCAGUGCAUUCUGACCACCGAUGGACUACGUUCCUUUGCUCUGUUCCGCUACAGUGACAUGAAGUGGGGUCCAGGGCAGAGGAUUCGUCAUGAAGCCCUUAUAGGCUACACUGAUGGCAAGAACCAUUUCCAUAAUGAGAUUCCAAAACCUUCAAACAAUCUGUUUGGCCCAGGAGGGUACUAUCGCCCCCAGACUGUCGUGGGUAACACAGGUGAACUGGGACAACUGGUGUACAACCUGACAGGAUCUACUGAUGCCAGCUCUGAUCCUCAGAGGCAGUGCCAACUAUGGGCCUUCAACGAGCCAGAGCCUAAAGAAUGGGCAUUAGGACUGGCACCGUGUCCCUGCACCCGAACUCAGGCACAGGAGGAUCUGGCCUUUGGCCCUGAGACUCUACCAUCACAACAGAUGGCAUAUGUGAAAGAGCUGAGGGCUCUUAGAUGGGGUGGCAGCAGGGGCCGUGUCUUUCAGUCCAUCCUCUUUAACAAACAAAGGGCAGGAAGGAGAUGUGUAUAUGAUGCAGAGGGUCCCCUGCUGGCAGGAUACAGUGAACGCUUCUUCACUGAAGACAAGGCACAACAACAUAUAGACAAGGAUCUCUUACCUUUCCAGUGGUGCUGUAUUCAAUCCCCUCUGUGCAAUCUGUACUUGGCAAUGAGGCCACUAGACCGGUGCCAGGGGUACAGCUUGAACAGCUCUGGCAGCAACAUACCUGGGAACAGGGGAGCGCCAGGCAUGGGCCUGGUAUAUGGAAGUCUUCACUUUAUCACCUUUGAUGGCAGUGAGUAUACGUUCAAGGAGUUGGGGGAGUUUGUUAUAGUGCGUCUGUCCUCCAGCACCGGGUCAAACAUCUUCACCCUGCAGGGGCAGACAGCUGCUCUGGUGACCAACGGUCAGCCCAAACGAGUGCCUGCUCUGGUACGAUUAGCCGCCUUCUAUCAGAGUGUUGGAGAGGUGGAGUGGAGAUGUGCUGAAUCUGGGAAUGGGCUUACAGUCCUGGUUAAUGAUGAGGUCAUUCCUGUGUUUGUUGGAGUAGUGCAUGUAGGGGCACAGGGCUUUGCAGUUCGCUGCACCUCUAUGAGUCGCUGUGCAGUGGUGUACGCGGAGGGGCUAAAUGUGGAUGUGUGGAGAGGCAAUUCAGGCAGGCUGGCUGCCCUGGUGGAGGUCCCACAGAGGUUCUACAACCGUACGCUGGGUUUGCUGGGCCUAUGGAGCUCCAUCAGGACAGAUGACUUCCUGCUUUCCAAUGGACGUCUGCUGCCCUCUCUAAAUAACAAUACUCCCUCUGAACAGAGCCUGAUUUCCUUUGGACAGUCAUGGGCUGUUCCUGCUCCAGAGAGUCUCCUUUUCUCAGAACCUUCCAAUACUCCAUUCAAUCCCAUCACAACAGAAGAGCUGCUGUCCUCAGUGAGUCCAGACGUGCUGGCCAGACACAGUCAAACCUGUCAGGGCCGCAUACAGUGUGUGCAUGACAUCCUGGCCACGGGCAACACAAACCUUGGCCAGGAGGUUCUGGAAAACCAGCAGCUCUUUCAGAACCGGACACAAAUUUAUGGGAAUAUGCCACCCAUUGUGACAGAACCGACUGUCAUCAAAUGUAAUGUCAAUGCUACAGUAAAAGUGCAGUUUAAGGCCAAGGAUCCAAACAGAGACCAAAUCACCUUCUCCCUGGCCUUACCUCGCCCUCUACGAGCCACCAUAGGCAGUGGUGAUGGUGUUCUGGUUUGGACCCCUCAAAGUGUUCAGCCUGUGAUUUUGACAGUUCAAGCGAGUGAUCAAGUGUCCAGUUCUAUGAUGAGUCCCGUCUUGCAGAUCUGUAACUGUCUGAAUGGAGGGAGCUGCCAUUACAACAGCGUGGUUGAGAACCAUCUGCAGGGCAAAUUUCAGAUUGUCGCAUGUCUGUGUCCUCCGGGCUUCAGUGGCAAGUUCUGUGAUAACAGAUCAGAUGUGUGUAAAGGCAAACCCUGUUUCCCUGGAGUGGAAUGCAGACAGGAAGAUGCAGACAGCUUCACAUGUGGACAGUGCCCUCCUCCAACUGUAUCCCAGGGCAAACAAGGAUACAAGUGCUUUGAAAAUGACUUCUGUCUCCCUCCUUCUCCCUUCCCCUGCCAUGAGAUGGCAGACUGCACCAGUACAGGGUACAACUACACAUGUACAUGCAAGCAGGGCUACACUGGGAACGGAAAAGAGUGCACAGAUAUUAAUGAGUGUCUGGACCCUUCUGCCUGCCCCAACGCCAAGUUUGAAUGUGUGAACAUGCCAGGCUCAGUGCGCUGCUCAUGUCGAUAUCAGAACACCAGGGACUCCGAUGGCUGUGGGGAGUCAGCUAAUCCCACUGGCUGGAAUGUUUUUAAUGUCUCCAUGCACUGGGGCCGACAAGAGUCUGGACAAGGACUGAGUCAGUUACAGCUUAUCCUGUCUCAGGGUUUCAAAAACAAGUUCUACAAUGCCAGUGUUAUGCCUUCUGACCCGCAAUCGGCAAGCGGACUGAGUGAGUACAGGAUCAAUGUGUCUAGUGACACCCCACACUGGUAUCUCAUGGACUACCUCAACCGAGUCAGUCAGUACUAUGGCAUCCGCUCAGCCUAUGUGGGGGACCUUGAUGAAUGUGAAGUAAAUGAGGACAUCUGCUCAAAACCUGCCCAGUGUGCCAAUACCUAUGGAGGCUACAGGUGUGUGUGCAACGGCACUGAUCUAAAGGAAGCACAGUCAUGCACAAUCAACUGGAACAGUGUGAACCGCACUGACAUAACGAAUGCUCAAUCUAUGGAGAACAAGAAGUCAUUAAUAUUGCAGCUGGUCCUAGGCAUUGGUAUACCCCUCCUGCUGCUUCUGAUGCUGGCUGCUCUUGCCUGCUUCUGCUGCUCACGCAAGAAAACCGUUACUGGAGAAUAAGAGCUGCACCGGCAUGACUGCACUGGCAUGAAAUAGCCUCCCGAGAGCAUUCCAAAGAUGGCCGACAGUGGACUGACUUGCAAGAAAGACUUUGGUUAAAGCCUUGUGUGUGUGUUUGUUUUAUUUGGAUUUUUGACAGUUGGAAUAGUCUUGACACUUUUGAACAUUCUGUCAUGCUAACUAAGUCUGUGUCUCGUUUGGAAGGCUGCGUACAUCAUCAAGGCUGUCUCGUUUCAGAAAAGAGAGUAGGACAUUUCGAAUGCGACCUUCUUUCACAGGAAUUCAGAGGAAGCAUGAGGUGUAUCAUUCAUGGACACUCACAACCCACAAUUCUUUGCUUCAUCUAAAAUGUCUAAAUAAAAUGAUGCCCAUUCUUUAAAUUGGUGACCAUUGUUCAUGGUUCAAUCAAUGUCUGAGUCAAAUGUAAAUGCAUUGCCAUAUGUGUAGACCCUUCCCAAUUUCUAUGAUAAUUAAGCCAUCUGAGUGAUAUAGUUAUGGAUUAGGGCUAGUUGUAAAUAAUGAAGAUUGUUGCAGCUAGUGAAACUUCAGUGGAUACAGCACCUUUCAAAUGUAAGUUCAGUGCCUUACCAUCACCCCAAGCUGUGUGAAUAUGUAUGUUGUUUAAGAUACAGGUGUUGAACUGAGGUUUGCUAAUGCGCUAAAGAUAAAGGCAACACAUCACGUGCGCUUGAAACAUCACUUCCGUCAGCUGUUAAACAGCGAAUGCUUCCGUGUAGUAAAAAACGUUAAGUGUUCCAUUUGGGACCAUCAUACACUUUGAACAUUCAUACAUUACAUGACUUGACUUGCUUGUGUAUUAUGCAUUGUGAACCUAUGCUGUAUGUGCAAUGUAGUUUGCACAAGAUUCAUGUAUGUUUGGCUAUCAUGUUUGCUUGUUUCUGUUACUGGUUUAUAUUUAAUUUGCUUAAAUACCAUGAAUCUAUUUACAAUGUUAAUUAUUAAGUUUCAUUUGCCUUUGUAAUGCAUUGUUGAUCCAGUUGUAGAAUACUAAAUUCAUACAUGACCUGGCUGAGUGUGUAGUGUAAAUUUUAAGUGUAUAGUGUGUCAUUUGGGACACAGCUAUUCUCUCUUUGCUUGGCUGUGAAAUCAGUUAAUAGUGUUAAGUUAUAUGGGUCAAAAUUGAUGUCC